AAAUAUUAUUAUUAUUUAUUUAUAAGUUUAUCAAUAUUAUUUCUGAUCACUCUCAUCCUCUCGAGGACUGAGCGCCAUAUCCUGACCUUGUAAAUUCUAGCAGAACCGAGCCGAACCUGUCAGUUUGUUUCAGCUGCAGUAGCUCCACCCUGACAGCAGGCGCCGCAGCAGCGCUGACUGUUCAAAUGGUCUAAGGUAGAAGUAGAACUGCGUCGCAGUGCGCAUGCGCCGGGAAGCCUCCUGUAGUCCUUGAGGCUGUGCGUGGUUCUGGUUCGACCUGGUUCGGUGUCGCUGUGAUCCAGAUGAUGCGGCUGCUGCUCCGGAGGCUGCGGCGGCUCUCCCCCGCCUCGGGACGCUCCUUCAGCGGCCUGCCCGCCGCGCAGGUCCGUCGAACCUUUCUGGACUUUUUCCGGGAUCAACACCAACAUCUGCUGGUUCCGUCCGCUCCGGUUCGGCCCAGAGGAGAUCCCAGCCUGCUGUUCGUGAACGCUGGAAUGAACCAGUUCAAGCCAGUGCUGCUGGGCACGGUGGACCCCCGCAGCCAGAUGGCGCUGUGGCGCCGCGUGGCCAACAGCCAGCGCUGCGUGCGGGCCGGAGGGAAGCACAACGACCUGGAGGACGUGGGGCGCGACGGGACGCACCACACCUUCUUCGAGAUGCUGGGCAGCUGGUCCUUCGGGGACUACUUUAAGGAAGAGGCGUGCCGCAUGGCGUGGAGCCUCCUCACCGAGCAUUAUGGGAUACCGGCAGACAGACUGUACGUGUCGUACUUUGGAGGAGACGCUGGCUCCGGUCUGUCGGCGGACCGGGAGACCCGGGACAUCUGGCUGGACCUGGGGGUUCCUGUGUCGCGUGUGCUGCCAUUCGGUCUGAAGGAUAACUUCUGGGAGAUGGGGGACACUGGCCCCUGCGGCCCCUGCACCGAGAUCCACUACGACCACGUGGGCGGCCGGCACGCGGCGGCGCUGGUCAACGCAGGCGGAUCCGAGCUGGUGGAGAUCUGGAACCUGGUCUUCAUCCAGUACAACAGGGAGGCGGACCAGAGCCUGCGGCUGCUGCCCCAGUUCAGCGUGGAUACUGGGAUGGGACUGGAGCGACUGGUCGGCGUUCUGCAGGGGAAGCGCUCCAACUACGACACGGAUCUGUUCACGCCGCUGCUGGACGCCAUCCACCAGCGAUCGAAGGCAGCUCCUUACGGCGGCACGAUGGGCACGGAGCCGGACGCCCAGGUAGACCGGGCCUACCGGGUCGUGGCCGACCACGUCCGGACCCUGGCGGUCUGCAUCGCCGACGGAGUGCAUCCUGGGAUGUCUGGCGCCGAGUUGGUGCUGAGGAGGAUCCUGAGGCGGGCGGUCCGGUUCUGUGCCGAGGUUCUGCAGGCUCCGCCGGGUUCGCUGGCCAGCCUGGUGCCCACCGUGGCUCAGACUCUGGGCGACUCAUUUCCGGAGCUGUCCCGGGAGGCGGACCGGAUCGCUGACAUCAUCGAUGAGAACGAGGGUCACUUCCUGUCGUCCCUGCAGCGUGGCAGCCGGCUGAUCCAGAGGACCUGCCUCCGGACGGACGGCGGCCCCUUCCCCGCGGCGGCGGCAUGGUCGCUACACCGGGACCUGGGCUUCCCUCUGGACCUGGUGGACCUGAUGCUGGAGGAGCGCGGCGUCCAGGUGGACCGCCAGGAGCUGGACCGCCUCGUGUCCCAUGACCAGAAGAUGCGGGCGGAGCAGCAGGUGGACGCGCGGCCCCGCCUUCUGCCAGAUGUCCUGAGCCUGGCGGCGCUGCGGCACGCCGGCGUUCCUCACACCGACGACGGCCCCAAGUACCGCUACCACCUGGAGAACGGCCGAUACGUGUUCCCAGCAUGCCGAGCAACGGUCCUGGCUCUGUACGACGGUCGGGCGCUGGUUCCGGAAGUCGGCCCGGGUCAGCGCUGCGGAGUGAUUCUAGACCAGACCUGCUUCUACUCGGAGCAGGGCGGCCAGUCACAUGACCACGGCUACCUGACGCGCGGCGGGCUGCGGGUGAGCCGAGCAUCAUGGGAAACGUCUGCCGAGUCUCCAUGCGACUCCAGGUGUUCUAUCCCCCAGGAGGUUCUGUUCUCAGUGGAGGCGGUGAACCGGGCCGGAGGAUACGUGGUCCAUCAGGUGACGGUUCCGGACCACCUGAGAACUGGAGACCAGGUGGAGCUUCACCUGGAUCAGGCCCACCGGCUGUCCUGCAUGGUGAAGCACACGGCGACCCACAUCCUGAACUUCGCCCUACGAUCGGUUCUGGGUCGAUCCGUCCAGCAGAGAGGUUCUCGUAUCUCGGCCGACCGCCUGCGCUUCGACUUCAGCGUGAAGGGUUCGCUCAGCUCCGCCCAGCUGCAGCAGGUGGACAGGUGCGUCCGUGACGUCAUCUCGGCCAAUCAGGACGUCCACACCCUGGAGGUUCCUGUGCGGCUCGCCGGCGCCAUCCGGGGCCUGAGGACGGCGGACGAGGUGUAUCCGGACCCGGUCCGCGUCGUUUCGUUGGGCGUCCCGGUCUCUGAGCUGCUGGACGGCGGGACGGACAGAGAGACGUCGGUGGAGCUGUGCUGCGGGACCCACCUGCUGCAGACCGGAUCCAUCCAGGAUCUGGUGAUCAUCUCUGAGAAGCAGCAGGUGAAGGGGAUCAGCCGGAUUGUGGCGGUAACGGGUCAGGACGCUGUGCAGGCGAGGGACAUGGGCCGGGCGUUGUCCCAGGAAGUGGACUCUCUGUCAGCCAGAUUGUCAGGCUCCGCCCCCUCCAGCCUAGGCUCCGCCCUCCAGUUCUCCAAGGAGGCCAGCGCUCUGUCUGACGUUGUGGACAACACGCCCAUCCCCCAGUGGCAGCGCCGGGAACUGCAGGUCCGGCUGCGGGCCGCGCUGCGCUCCAUCGGCGCCGCCAUCAGGAAGCUGGAGGCUCAGAAGGCUGCGGAGAGCGCGGCGGCGCUGCUGCGGCGGCGCGGACAAAUGGAGCUGCUGGUGGACGCCGUGGAGACGGACUCGCCAUCAGUUCUGAUGAAGACUGUCAACCAGCUGAGUGCCGCCGCCCCCCUCAGUCACGUGAUGCUGCUCGCUCACCAGAGGCAUUCUGGGAAGGUUUUCUGUGCCUGUCAGGUUCCCAAGGACUCGCCGGCCCUCGCCGCCUCUGAUUGGGCGGUGGCCUUGUGCCGCCGCCUGGGGGGGAGUGCUGGUGGAUCGGCGCUGGUCGCCAAGGGAACCGGAAGCAGCGGUGACAUCACAGAGGCCAUGAGGUGGGCCGAAGACUUCGCCCGCAAGAAGGCAGGGCGAUGAUGUCACAGGCUCCGCCCCCAGGAGGCGCGCUGUGAUUGGACCCAGAGAUUUCUUUGUUUUAGAAGAAAUAAAAGCAGAACUGAA